AUCGGUGAUUGAUAGACCCACAAACCUAUCCAAGAGCUGAAGAGGCGGGGCAGACCACCGAAUUCUCACGAGGAAACAGCGCUGCCGCGUGUGUAUGGAGCUCUUUAGUCAGGGUGAAGGCAACGAUUGUCCAUUCACUGUCGGGACUAGCUUUACAGCAAGUUCUGGAAUAGCCAAUUUGCUUUCUCGGGCCACACCAACACCUCAACUUUAGAGACUACGACAAUGACUGGAGACGACAGCGUGGCCGACGCCUGUGCUACGAUGCCAUGCGUACCUGUACCUCCGCCCAAACUAGCACUCGAUCACCUUCCCGUGGAGCUCAUCAGAAACAUCGUGAAGUUUAUACUCGGUUCGCCUGUACACGAGCUGCUUGCGUUACGUCGGACCUGUCGAUUCUUUCGCGUAGUCGCCGCCGAUUUCCUUCGCCCACGUAUGAGGCGCAGACUCAGACACAUUCGAGUGCUGAUGAAAAAAGACGGCCUGAAAGCGUUUCUUGAGAUCACGUCGGUAACUCAUUGGCGAGAUUGCAUUCAACGCGUUGAGUUUAUCGACCCUGGAAUGGACGCCAUAAUGGAAUUCAAAACAGGAGAUCAAGGAAUAUACCACUGGCUCGGCUGUAGCGUUGGAUCGGCCGAAUUUCGGGAAAUCCAGAUCAAGAUUACACCUGUACAACAGCUAUUCUGGGCUAAAGACGCCCCGGUUCUUCUCAAAGAGAUCUUCCCCGCGUUCAAAACCAUGAACGGCCUUGAGGAGAUACAUUUCGGGUCGAAGGGUAGCGCUCAUAAACCAUGACUUCUUUCAGAACGUUUCAUCAUGAGUAUAGGGGUCGGCUUCGCCGAUACUAUUCUUGUUCAUUGUCUUUUCCGACGUAUCCACAACCGCGAGGUUGGCACCUAUAGUUCUGCGGGACACAUGCGCU